AAGCCGACUAUCAGCCACGAAAGCUUAUACCAUUAAUAUAGUGGUCAGCCUUUAAGGUAGCAGCACCAGGCUCUUUAUGGUUUGGGGGGUUAAAGCCUGAGGUGAUAUGGGCAGGGGAAUACUCCUUCUCUUGAGAGAAAAACUGGGAGACGUUGACGACAACGAUCUACGGCGGGAGGACCCAGCAGAAAGCACAAGGCGGAAGAGGCGGUGUUUGGGUUGCGCCGGGGCUUCUCUGGUGCUUCGCCGGGCCGGAAGAAGCGAAUCUUGGCGGGUGGUUGAGGUAGCAUGGGCCGCAAGAAGCAGCAGCAGCGUCGGGACGCGGCGCUCCGGAGAGUGGUAACAUUUGAUGAGGAGAGCCGGCGGGAGUACUUGACAGGGUUCCAUAAGCGUAAGGUUGAGAGGAGGAAAGCGGCUGUGCAGGAGAUAAAACUCAAGCUGAAAGAAGAGCAGAAGAAGAUGAAGGAAGAGAGACACAAGGAAUACAUGAAGAUGUUGAAAGAGAGAGAGGAAGCUUUGGAGGAAGCUGAUGAGCUGGAGCGUCUGGUGACAUCCCAGACAGAGUCUGUAAGCUAUGAUCACCCAAACCACACAGUCACCGUUACUACAAUCAGUGACUUGGAUCUCUCAGGAGCACACCUAGUGGGGCUGAACACCCAUGAGGAAGAAGAUGCUGGAACAGAAAAAGAUGCCUCAAGCAGACCUGCAUGCAUUUUGCCUAAAAAAUCUAGAGACCCUUUCCUGUCUCAGAGGAUCUCUUCUCUCACUGCCUCGCUGCAUUCCCGUAGCCAGAAAAAGACAAAAGGAAAGCAGAUCAGGCACAGCCAAGGCAUCAAGAAGAGAACCCAGAAACCAAGUACAGGACGGACAAGCAAGUCCCAACGCCGGAAAAUGACUGGCAAAGGGAGGCACUUCCAAGACUGAUGGGCAGGCGCAGUGAAAAUAGUACCCUGUAAAGUUAUGAUCUCUGGCAACAUCUGGAGGGCUAUGCAUUCCCAGCUCCUGAUUCACACUCUGUUCCAAGGAAAGUCCAUUUUGUAUCAGUGAGGUCUUUCUCAGUGGGAGCUUCACUGGAAGAGGAAAACUUUCUCAAAACUAAGUGAGGAACACUGAACCUGUUACUUGGAAGAGUAAAAUAUUUUUGUGCAGAAUAGCCUACUUCGGCUAAGCAAAUGUGAUUGUUCUUGGCCUGCAUAGGCCUCUUGCUGUGUGUGCUACACAUGCGUGCGCACACACACACAACGGGGGUGGGAAACAGAUGCAUUUUCUCUGGUAUUGAGAGAUAAUUAAAUGGUCACAUCUACAAGGAGGGUGCAAUCUGCAUCCAUGGAUUGUUGUCUUGCCUGUAGUCCCAGCUUAUCCUCACUGGGAGAGCUGGUGCUGUGGGUGCUUAGCAGAUGAGCACAAAAACGCUAGGAAACUUUUAAAAUUUUGUGUGCAUGAUUUUUUAAUUUUGUGACAUAAAUAUCUGUUUCAGGA